AUGACCUCUGAGCCGGGCGCUGAUGGCUGGUUCUCGGGUAAUCAUAUCUCUUUAUGUCAUCUAGACCUCGCACCACGGAAUAUAUUGGCCGGCCUGAUGGGGGACGGCCAAUCACCUCAAAUCACUGCCAUCUUCGGGUGGGACAGCACCGUCUUUGCUCUCAGCUUCAUGUCUUGCGCACCGCCACUCCGGGUCUGGGCCUGGAACAAUGAGGAGGAUGAGGAUGAGCGGACUGCUAACGACGAUCCUCCUCCAGUAGAGAGUCGGCAGCUAAAGAGUUAUUUUGAGGAAGCUGCUGGACUGGAUUAUGUAUGA